GAUCUUUUCAACUCUACUUCUUCAACAACAAUAAGACGGCUAUGGAGCAAUUCUGUCGCGAUGAUAUUGAGAUGAUUGUGAUUGGGCUUUUUAUAUCGCGUUCGGAACACCAGUUGAUGGCUUUUUACACUUAGAUACAUUGAUAUCAGUUGUGCUUGGACGUUGCAGCAUUGAAUGGAAAGUGGAUGUUAGCACUGCCCCUGACCACGCUAGAAAAGAGGACACUAGAAGGUCAGCCCUUUAACGCCGAUCUCAGUAUUAAACUUUGCUACAACCACCAUCCGCCAUCUACUCCAUCACAUUUUGUCGCUCUUUCGUCCAAUACUUGAUUUUCUGGACUUUUUGAUGCAUCUAUUAUAAUUAGUCAUUCAAUUUCAAGGCCAUUCUAUUGGUUUGCUCCUAUGGCCACCAGACGGGCUCACAGGAAGUCGCGGAAGGGAUGCACCGUCUGCAAGCUGAAGCACGUCAAAUGUGAUGAACGUCGUCCCAAUUGUGGAAACUGUCAAGAUCGCGAGAUCACCUGCAUAUAUCCGUGGGAGAGAAAACCACCACCUUCCACCUCCAUAAGAGGGAGUUCACCGCAGGUGUCUGGUACUCAGUGCCAAGCCACAGUAUUAUCACCUGGUGCCCCCUUAUCACCAUUUCAUAUGCCACAAGCAUAUAACAUUGAAGCCCUCAAACUUCUUCACCACUACACGAUCAAUGUUUAUGAAUCUCUCAGCACUAUUAUUCCACAACAGAAAGUAUGGCAAAUAUCCGUCGUACAGAUAGCCAUGCAAAACGAUUUUCUUCUUCGUGGGAUUCUUUCUUUUUCCGCUUUACAUAUUGCCCUUGAUGGCUGCGAAAAUCCUCAAAUUUUGGUGGCGGAGGCUGCCCACCACCAAAACGCGGCACUGGUAGAGUACCGGCGUCUCAUAAACACCAGCGACAUUUCGCCAGAAAGUCAACGUGCCGCCUUCUUAUUCUCAGCCUUUCUGGCCAUGUGUGGAUUUUGUUUCAUUCGCGCAGAUGGAGCCUUACUCGAGUCAAAUAAGGGCGAUCGCGGAAUUGAUAAAUUCUUGACUUGCGCCAGCUUGGUCAGGGGUAUGGUUAGUCUGCUUAGUCUAUGGAAGGGAAACAUCUUCUGUGAUGAACUCCAUGCUACUAUACGGAGUGGUCCGCCUAUGGAUUUGUACCCUGACAUUGGCGGCGAUGUUAUUACGGAGUUGCGUGCUCUACCCGAUCUUCUUACUCGCUGUGAGGCCGAAACAUGCCCGGACACAUCUAGGGUUUGCCAAGAUGCCGUUCAACAGCUCUUUUACUCAUUCGAGAUUAUCAGACAGAUAAAGGUAGAUAGAAGUUCGACAUCGCCAAUCACAGCUGGACUUAUGUGGCCUGCUGGAGUUUCCAGAGACUAUUUCAUUCUUCUGACUCAACGAAACCCUCUUGCCGUUCUUAUUCUUGCUUAUUAUGGAGUUUUAUUACAUCGGCUCGACUCCUUCUGGUUCUUCCGGGGAUGGGGAAAGCAUCUAGUCGAGACAAGCGCAUACAUCCUGGACGAUUCGUACGCUGAUCUACUUGCCUUCCCGAAAGCGUCGGUGGGGCUAUGUGAUAUUGAUAAUUGGUGCAGCCUCGGAGAAACUCUACAGUGCAGCUUUUAAGCAAGCCUCAAGGUCAAAUGGCCAUACGGGAUCAGCUUUUCCCAAAUACUUUUCCAGGUAUUAUAAAGUCAAUCCUGGUUAUUCUAAUUCAAAAAAUUCGAUCAACAAAUAUCA